UUUUAAAAAGAAAACCAUCUGUGCCACUGCAGCCUGCUGCAGUUAGUUGCUCGUGCUCGAUCGUGGUGUUGAUGAUGAUGUUGAUGAUCAUGGAGAAAGCAAGCGUGCUGUUGGUGUUUGCCGUGUGUGUGCUACAGACCUCGUUUGUGGCAGCUUCACCAGACUUUGGAGUGGAUGUAUCGAUCAGAGGUAGUGUGGCUGUUCAGCGUACAGCCGUGCGUGUCGAGGAGCGAUUCGAGGAGCUAACAGUACACAUGGACUUUAUGCUCGUUUCGUCCUACGAAAAGCUGGGUUUAUUACAAAACCAGGUCACAUACCUAGUCCACAAUCUGACCACCAUUGGGACGGCUUUCGCUAUGGCUUUAAACUCUGCCACCACCAGCAACAGCGAUGUGGUCGGCACCUUCGAACCAUUGAUCUAUUCCGUGUCCCGGCUUCAGACGAUUGGAGUGAGCGAUAUAGUGGAUAUCGUUGGCGAAAUCCGUGGACUUGUGGGACAGUACCUAAGCCUUCAGCUAGAGGAUUCGUUCGAAACGCUGCAUGACUCGGUGCAGAAAAUGUUCGGAGCAUUGAUACAGCUGGUCUCUGCCAUUCAAACAGCCAGCAGUCCAUCCAACAUCAAUUGGCUGUUUGUGAAUAAUCUGAAUCGAGCCGUUAAUGUUGUGCGAGGGAACGUUGUGCCCCUAAACUACACGAUCGCCUCGACGGGCGAGAACAUUCGGGAGUCCGAUGCCUUCCUUAGCCGUCUUUCGGGCAGAUUGGAACUAGCCGAGACGGCUGUAGAAAAUGAGGAACACUACUUCAAGAGCCAGGUCGAUCUGGUGGCAAACGCAACCUUGCUGCAGGCCGAUUGCUCCAAACAACGAGUCAGUGGGCUCGCAAUGGCUGCCUCACCCUUCGUGCAAACUUUGUGUGGCUUUUCCAAGAACCUUGCGGAAUGUGCACUACAAACGGCAGUCCAGUCGGUGGUGCAGAUGUCGACGACCGAAUGGGAUCGAGUGGUGGGCGUAGUUAGAAGAUACUUUGACAACCUGAGGGAAGAAAGCGCCUUUGUGCAGGAGGUGGUAGGCAGGUUCAGCAGCAUCUACAACCUUGGGCUGUUGCUGGCCGACGUUACUAUCAGCCAGCGGCCUUACUCACUCUACUGCUUCCACAAGUUUGCUCACCUGAUCGAGCAGCUCGUGACACGUCUAACGGAUGGGCUGGUCGUUUGUUUCAACGAAGAGCACACACGCCUGAGAUCUCUGCAGACCGGGCUGGUGCACAUGUUCGCGACGCUCGUGUACGACGUGGAGGAUCUCGUAGAACAUCUUCAGUUUUGCACGGUGCUGGAGCAGCGUAGCGAAUGUGUUACCAUCGUGACUAUGCUGUACGAGCGGCUUGCGGCACAGUUGGAAGAAAAGCUGGAAGCUAUCGAGAAGUUUUCGAUCGCCGAAACGACUGCCAGUAAUGCGCGUUUGCGUCUGUGUGUGUACCACACACAAGCGACGGUGUUUACCGUGAACAUCGAUCAGGUGAGAAGCGAUAUUGUUGAAUGCAGUGAGCAAGGACCUCUUGAACAUCCGUACAGUAUGGAGAGCCGGAAGCUGUGA